ACCGAAUGUUUGGAAUGAAAAGUUUAUUAUCAUACCUUUUUCUGAUUUCAUCUAACCUUUGAAUACAUUUUAACCGAGAAAAGUGUAAUCUAUGGAUGUAGGCUUCGUAAUACCGUUGUCCAGGGACGACUUAUUAAGCGGCGAGGCAGGAUCGUAUGUUGUAGACGAAGUACUUUCAGUGCGUGUUCUUCCAAACAAACUUCGUGACUGCUUAGCUGAUCUUCGAUCUGCCGGACCGACUGCUGUUGUCGAGAACUUUGACUGUUUUUUCAGUCUUUUAAGACAUUUUAAUGAAGUUGACAGUUCUCUUAGAGAGGGUACCUGGGAUAAUUUGCUCCAAGUACUUUGCCAGUUCACAAAUGUUCUUCCUGAAAUACUAGAAGAUGGAGACAUUGACUUUCAAGUUAGACGGACACAUCUCAAUACUCUCAAGAUGUUGUGUUAUCUCUUGACACAGCUUGCAGACGCAUUUGAAGUAGAGGCUACCAAGCCUUCAACUGAAGUAAUUAUUUCUGGAAAGAGAAGAGGCAAGUCAGCUAAUUCAAAGAAAAAGAGUUCAAGUGCAUGGGAGUGGGAUGAGCAGCGUGAUGCACUGAUUCAGACUCUUGGUCAGCUCAUGCAGUUGGAUGUGAACAGACUGUGGGAUCCACCUAUUGUGGAGGAAGAAUUUGUCAAUUUAAUCACAGGUUGCUGUUACAAGUUCCUUGAAAAUCCGGCAUCUGUAAAGAAUGGAACGACCAAAGAUCUGGUUUUCAACCUUAUGGGAGUGAUGGUUAAGAAAUACAACUAUGGUUUAGGUGUAAGUUUGAAGAUUGUUCAGCUUCUACAACACUUUGAGCAUCUUGUUCAACCACUAGCACAGGCUGUUGAGACAUUUGUUGAUGAGUUCUCUGUAAAAAGCAUUGUCUCUGAGGUGAUAAGGGAGAUUGGUCGGAUGGAUCCCAGAGACCUUGCAAGAGACACCAGUGGAACACGUGCAUACGCUGACUUCUUAGUAGAACUUGCUGGUCUGGUUCCAACACAGAUCAUUCCAAACAUCAGUGUACUGCUAUGUCACUUGAAUGGAGAGUCAUAUUCAAUGCGGAAUGGCAUCCUUGGUCUGAUGGGUGAGAUUGUUGUCAAAGUUCUUUGUAAAGAAGAUUUGGACGAAGCUGCUAAGAAACUUCGAGACCAACUUCUGGACAAAAUGGAGGAACAUAUUCAUGAUGUGAAUGCUUAUGUGAGAAGCAAAGCCCUUCAAAUUUGGCUUGAACUUUGCAAACAAAAGGCCGUUCCUCUCUCUCGUCAGUCACAUCUCCUAGAGCUGGCAAUAAGUCGUCUUCAAGAUAAAUCCAGUAUUGUACGCAAAAAUGCCAUCCAGCUGUUGAAGACGUGUCUGAUUUGUAAUCCAUUUGGAGCACAGCUACCACUGGAUCAUUUGCUGCAAAAUCUCGCCAAGGAGACUGAAAAACUAAAAGAGAUGGCUCCACAUCUGAGUGAGAAUCAAGAUGGACAAGUUCCUGUUGUGCCUGCAAGCGAGAACGCCAAGGACCUGUGGGAGGCCAUUAAACCUGAGGUACAAGCCACUAUUGAAGAACAUCUAGAUCAGGACGAGAUCAUUGAUGAAGAUGAUGGUCCGGUGGAGUUUCAAGGAGAUCUGGAUACUGCUCUUGAAUGGGGGAAUGGGGGUGCUGACACUUAUUCUGAUUAUGUUCAUUUCCAGACUCAAAUGGAGAAAGCCAUUCCAACAGUGUGCCAGCUUCUCGGCUCUAAGACCAUCUCAGAUGUGAAUGAGUCUAUCGAGUUCUUCGUGGUAGCUUCUGAGUUUGGCUUGCAGUCAGCCAUCAUUGGUGUGCGGAGGAUGCUGGUAUUGAUCUGGUCACGUGACACUGCUGUCCGUGAUGCAGUGGUGGAGGCGUACAAAGGGUUGUAUUUGGACCCAGUAGCGCCAAAUGCUCGAACUAAAACGGCGGUGAUUGUGAAAAACCUGAUCGCUCUGACUCAAGGAGCAUCUAUUGGAGACCUCACAUCUUUAGAAGAGUUGAUGAGUGAGUUGAUGAAAGGAAAACUAAUCCCUACUGCCGUCAUUAAGCUGCUGUGGGAGAAAUUUACAAUGAAGGUUCCGCUGACCACCCCAGAGGAGAGCAGACUGGCAUUAGUUCUCUUGGGGAUGUUAGCAGGGGCCGAGAUGGACAUUGUGCGUAGUAACAUAGACGUGUUGGUUUCCACGGGCCUGGGACCGAGAGCGGAAGAGGAUUUCCUUUUAGCACGUGACACGUGCGUGGCGUUGUUAAAACUUGGCAAAACCCAUAAGAAACCCGGGUGCAGUGCUGAAGAACCAUUUAGGCUUGCUUCCAGUCACGCGAUAUUUGAACGGCUCACGGCAAUAGUCGUUUCAGGUGUCCGUAAGCUUGAGAAACCCGAGUGGACCCCUAUGAUGGAACAAGCAUUGAAUGUAAUCUACUUCCUUGCUGAACAUCCUGAGAAGAUAGCAGAGAACCUCAUCAAGAAAAUAGCAGCGUGUUUGCUGGAUAAAAUAACACAAGACAAGGCUACUUCAGAGGAAGAACAGGGAUCUCAAAACAAGGAAAACGAUUCACAGGAAGUCAUCACACAGAAAGACACUCGCGCCAUUAGUUCUCCAACCGCGUGCCAUGCUGGUAUUUUGGCGCGAUUUCUCAGCUUGUCAGGUCACGUGGCGUUACGUCAUAUGGUUCACUUGGACGUUGGGGUACUAGGAGAAAUCAAACGGAGACAAGUGAUCGAGAUAACACAAGACAAGGCUACUUCAGAGGAAGAACAGGGAUCUCAAGACAAGAAAAACGAUUCACAGGAAGCCAUCACACAGAAAGACACUCGCGCUAUUAGCUCUCCAACCGCGUGUCAUGCUGGUAUUUUGGCGCGAUUUCUCAGCUUGUCAGGUCACGUGGCGUUACGUCAUAUGGUUCACUUGGACGUUGGGGUACUGGGAGAAAUCAAACGGAGACAAGUGAUCGAGGAGAACGAUAAGGAGAAAGAAAAACAAGCCAAGAAGACGAGGGGAGCUGGGAGCGAGUCCACUGUCAAUUCUGCCAAGGAUCCAGGCGCGUCGGAGACCAUCGAGGAGGAACUGGGACUGACAGGAGCCACGGCUGAUGACGUAGAGACGGAGUAUGUGAGAAAGAUCUGUGAACACGAGAUUGUUACUGGUGGAACUCUGUUGGCUUCCUUGCGCCCGCUGUUAGUGUGUGUCUGCAGUAAUCCUGUGAAGUACAGUGAUCCAAACCUGCGCGCAUCAGCUUCACUGGCUCUUGCUAAGUUCAUGUUAGUCAGUUCUGAGUUUUGUGAAGAGCAUCUCCAACUUCUGUUCACGAUUCUUGAAAAGGCUCCUCAACCGACCAUCAGAGCUAAUACGAUUGUAGCCGUUGGUGACCUGACCUUCAGAUUUCCCAACUUGAUCGAGCCAUGGACGUCUCAUCUCUAUGCCAGAUUGCGUGACGAGUCAAGUCAUGUGCGUAAGAACACGCUGAUGGUACUCACGCAUCUGAUUCUGAAUGACAUGGUCAAGGUCAAAGGCCAGAUCAGUGAAAUGGCCACGUGUUUAGAAGAUAAAGACAGCAGGAUAUCCGAUCUAGCCAAGCUGUUCUUUUUGGAAUUGUCAAAGAAGGGCAACGCAAUCUACAACAUUCUUCCAGAUGUGAUAAGUCGGUUGUCAGACCCUGAUUGUGGCAUUGAAGAAGAACCUUUCAGAAAUAUCAUGAGGUAUUUGCUGUCCUUUAUUCAGAAAGAUCGUCAGUCUGAGAGUCUUGUGGAAAAACUGUGCCACAGAUUCAGAGCAACCAAAACUGAGCGCCAGUGGCGUGAUCUAGCCUUCUGUCUGUCCAUGUUGUCAUACAAUGAGCGUGGAAUCCGCAAACUUCAGGAGAACUUCACUUGCUUCCACGACAAAUUAGCCGAGGAAGACGUGUACCAGUCGUUCCUGACCAUUGUCGGCAAGAGCAAGAAAUUUGCCAAACCAGAUGUCAAGGCUCUGGUGGAUGAACUGGAACAGCGCAUUAACCAUUGUCACACAAAAGGAAUGGAGGACGAGGAGGACUACGAACGAGCUGCUAAAGCCUUAGGAGCGGCGCCUGGUAACAAGACUAAAAAGAGCAUCGCUACCCCUGGAGGCAAAACAAACCGAGCCCAGAAAGGUCGAACGCCAGCGACAAAGAAACGACAGAAGGAAACGAUCGACGAUAGUGACCUGGAAGAACCUAGCCCCAGGCCUCUCCGAACGCCUCGCAACGUGGCAAGACCGCCAAAGCCUGGGAAAGCAAAAUCGACCAAUCAAAAGCGGCGAAAAAUGCCCGUGCUUGAAAGCGACGAAGAUGAUAGCCUCGAGUUAUUUGACUUGGGAGAAGAAGAAGAAAAAGAAGAUUCUAUUAGAAUUGAUUCAAAUGAUGAGGAGAAUGUUAAUCCUAACGUGGCAAACAAAAAGAAAAUAAAUGGCAGCAAUUCACCGAAAGGGAGAAAUGGAUCACAAAGUACGAGAAAAUCAGGCCGAAGGAGAGUCAGCAGCACGUGACAACAUGGUUUUUAUUCACUUUGUAAAUAAUUAUAUCUACUUUACUUGUUUGUACCUGAAUGAGUUUGUUAGCAUCUAUGAAAACAAAACAAAACUAUUUUUUUACGAUAGCGUAUUUGUUUUUGUUUUUUUACUAUAAUUUGAAUUGUUUCUUACUUAUCACAUGAUAAUAAUGUUAUGAGGGAAAUAAAAGUUGGUUUUAAUGAUGUAUCUA